CCUGUGAGGAGAGGCCGCCGCCAUCAUGCCGGUGUACUUCCAGCGGCCCGAGAAUGCCCUGAAGCGGGCGAACGAAUUCCUUGAGGUUGGCAAAAAGCAGCCUGCCCUUGAUGUUCUCUAUGAUGUUAUGAAAAGUAAAAAACACCGAACAUGGCAGAAAAUCCACGAGCCGAUUAUGCUGAAGUACCUGGAACUCUGUGUGGAUCUCCGCAAGAGUCACCUGGCAAAAGAAGGAUUGUACCAGUACAAGAAUAUUUGCCAGCAGGUGAACAUCAAAUCUUUAGAAGAUGUGGUUCGAGCCUAUUUAAAGUUAGCUGAAGAAAAAACAGAAGCAGCUAAGGAAGAAUCCCAGCAGAUGGUACUGGACAUAGAAGACUUAGAUAACAUUCAAACCCCAGAAAGUGUUCUUUUGAGUGCUGUAAGUGGAGAAGACACUCAGGAUCGUACUGACCGACUGCUUUUGACACCCUGGGUUAAAUUUCUAUGGGAAUCGUAUAGGCAAUGUUUGGAUCUUCUCAGAAAUAAUUCUCGAGUGGAACGCCUGUACCAUGAUAUUGCACAGCAAGCUUUUAAGUUCUGCCUGCAGUACACACGUAAAGCUGAGUUCCGUAAACUCUGUGAUAACCUGCGAAUGCAUUUGGGGCAGAUCCAGCGUCAUCAUAACCAAAGCACAGCAAUCAACCUCAACAAUCCUGACAGUCAGUCAAUGCACUUGGAGACCAGGCUUGUGCAACUUGACAGUGCUAUUAGUAUGGAGCUGUGGCAGGAAGCUUUCAAAGCAGUGGAGGAUAUUCAUGGGCUAUUUGCACUGUCUAAGAAACCACCCAAACCACAACUGAUGGCAAAUUACUAUCACAAAGUUUCAACUGUCUUCUGGAAAUCAGGAAACGCUCUUUUUCAUGCAUCCACACUUCACCGACUUUAUCACUUAUCAAGAGAAAUGCGAAAGAAUCUCACACAAGAGGAGAUGCAGAGGAUGUCUACUCGAGUCCUUUUGGCCACUCUGUCAAUUCCUAUAACUCCUGAGAGAACUGAUAUUGCUCGCCUUCUGGAUAUGGAUGGCAUCAUUGUUGAGAAACAGAGACGUCUGGCAACCCUUUUGGGUCUUCAGGCCCCACCUACACGUGGCAGUCUCAUUAAUGAUAUGGUAAGGUUCAACGUAGUGCAAUAUGUUGUUCCAGAAGUGAAAGAACUUUACAAUUGGCUUGAAGUAGACUUUCACCCGCUCAAGUUAUGUAGCCGUGUCAGCAAGGUUCUGAACUGGGUGAAAGACCAAGCUGAAAAGGAACCUGAACUGCAGCUGUAUGUUCCUCACCUGCAAAACAAUACUAUUCUUCGCCUUCUGCAGCAGGUGGCCCAGAUUUAUCAAAGUAUUGAAUUUUCUCGUCUGUCUACCCUCGUUCCUUUUGUUGAUGCUUUCCAGCUGGAACGUAGUAUUGUUGAUGCAGCCAGACAUUGCGACUUACAAGUUCGCCUUGAUCAUACUACCCGGACACUGAGUUUUGGCUCAGAUUUGAAUUACAGUACUAGAGAAGAUGCUCCACUAGGCCCUCAGCUACAGAGCAUGCCUUCUGAGCAAAUUAGAAAUCAAUUGACUGCUAUGUCCUCAGCUCUGGCUAAGGCUCUUGCAGUCAUUAAGCCUCCUCACUUACUGCAAGAGAAGGAAGAACAACAUCAACUGGCAGUCACUGCCUUCCUAAAAAAUUCAAGGAAGGAGCAUCAGCGUAUUCUUGCACGUCGUCAAACUAUAGAGGAAAGAAAAGAGCGCCUUGAAAGUCUAAACAUUCAGCGUGAAAAAGAAGAACUGGAACAACGUGAAGCAGAAUUACAAAAAGUCCGGAAAGCUGAAGAAGAGAGACUGCGCCAGGAGGCAAAGGAAAGAGAGAAGGAGCGUAUCCUGCAGGAGCAUGAACAAAUCAAAAAGAAGACCGUUCGUGAGCGCUUGGAGCAGAUUAAGAAGACUGAACUGGGAGCCAAAGCAUUUAAAGAUAUUGAUAUUGAGGAUCUCGAAGAAUUGGAUCCUGACUUCAUUAUGGCUAAACAAGUUGAACAGCUUGAAAAAGAAAAGAAGGAACUUCAGGAACGUCUGAAGAAUCAGGAGAAAAAGAUUGACUAUUUUGAAAGAGCGAAGCGCUUAGAAGAAAUUCCUUUAAUAAAGACUGCGUAUGAGGAGCAAAGAGUGCAUGAUAUGGAGCUGUGGGAGCAACAGGAAGAAGAAAGGAUCACCACUUUGCAGUUGGAGCGCGAGAAAGCCCUUGAGCAUAAGAACAGACUCUCAAGGAUGUUGGAGGAUAGAGAUUUAUUUGAAGCCAGGCUCAAAGCAUCACGACGAACAGUUUAUGAGGAUAAACUCAAGCAGUUCCAGGAACGGUUAGCAGAAGAGAGGCGUAAUCGUUUGGAGGAACGCAAGAAACAACGCAAAGAAGAGAGGCGCAUUACUUAUUACAGAGAAAAGGAGGAAGAAGAACAAAGAUUACGAGAAGAACAGCUGCUUAAAGAGCGUGAGGAAAAGGAACGCAUUGAGCGUGAGAAACGUGAGCAGGAACAGCGUGAAUACCAGGAACGUGUCAAAAAACUAGAAGAACUGGAGAAGAAAAAACGUCAAAGAGAAAUGGAGAUAGAAGAAAGAGAGCGUCGUCGAGAAGAAGAAAGGAGAGGUCUGGAUGACCCAUUUUCAAGAAAGGAAUCUCGUUGGGGUGAUAGGGAGUCUGAAAGCUCCUGGAGAAGAGGUGGUGAGACAGAAUCUGAAUGGCGACGAGCACCAGUAGAAAGAGAUUGGCGUCGAGGAGAAGCAAGAGACGAUGAAAGACCUUUCCGACGAGGGGAUGAUCUGCCGCGACGAGGGGAUGAUCUGCCACGACGUGGUGCUGCAGAAGAAAAGGAACGUCCUUCUGUGGAAUCAACAGAGGACAGGCCGCCUAGGCGUGAAGGGGAUGAGGACAGGCCACCUAGGCGUGAAGGGGAUGACGACAGGCCGCCCAGACGUGGAUUGGAUGAUGACAGGCCGCCCAGGCGUGGAUUGGAUGAAGAUAGAGGGAGCUGGAGGGCUGCAGAUGACGACAGGGGUCCCAGGCGUGGAAUGGAUGAUGACAGGCCACCCAGACGUGCUUUGGAUGAUGACAGACCACCCAGACGUGCUUUGGAUGAUGACAGGCCACCCAGGCGCGGCUUGGACGAUGACAGAGGCAGUUGGCGUGCAGCAGAUGACGACAGAGGACCCAGGCGUGGGCUGGAUGACGACAGGCCACCCAGACGGGCUUUGGAUGACGACAGGCCACCCAGGCGUGGGCUGGAUGACGACCGGGGCAGCUGGCGUGCCGCAGAUGACGACAGGGGUCCCAGGCGGGGGAUGGAUGACGACAGGGGUCCCAGGCGGGGGAUGGAUGACGACAGGGGUCCCAGGCGCGGGAUGGAUGAUGACAGGAUGUCAAGGCGUGAUGAUGACAGGGGACCAUGGCGUAACGCAGAUGAUGACAGGCUCUCCAGACGAGAUGAUGACAGGGGUCCAUGGCGUAGCGGUGAUGAUUCAAGGCCAGGUCCUUGGAGACCAUUUGGUAAACCAGGGGGGUGGAGAGAACGAGAAAAGGCUCGUGAGGACAGCUGGGGUCCUCCCCGAGACUCCAGACCUCCAGGAGACCGUGAGUGGGAUAGAGACAAAGAUCGUGAUGAAAAUGAAAAGGACCGUGAAUUUGACAGAGAUAGAGAUUUUGAUCGAGAUGAUCGUUUCAGGCGUCCCAGGGAUGAUGCUGGCUGGAGAAGAGGGCCGGCUGAGGAAACUUCUAGCUGGAGAGAUUCAAGUCGUCGUGAAGAAUGGGACAGAGGUGGUCGUGACAUGAGGGAUCGUCGUACUGAUGACAGAGAUCCACCCCUCAGAAGAGGACCACCACUCAGAUCUGACCGUGAAGAACCAAGCUCAUGGCGGCGUGCUGAUGAUAGGAGAGAAGAACGUGGAGAAGAACGUGAAACAGUUCGGCGAUCAGCUCCUGCUCCUGCUGCUCCUCCAGCUUCUGCUCCCCCACCAGCAUCAAAAGAUCGAGAAAGAGAUGGGGAAAAGGAGAAGGGUUCCUGGAAAACAGAAAAGGAGCGCGAGCCCCUUCGCCGUACUAAAAAUGAGACAGAUGAAGAAGGGUGGACCACUGUGCGACGUUAAGUGAAAAUCACAGAGUUUAACCAAUGUUUUAGCUUUGAUUUGAUCGAAUCCAUGGAUUAUAUUUGUGCUUAUAAACAUUCUGAAUUGGAAUUCUUUAACAAAUGUUUUGAGGUAACAUGAAAGCAUGAGCUUGAAUUACUUACUCAUAUAGAUUGAUCAUGCACAAAACUCACAGCAGAAGGUUGGAAAUGGAAUGCCAGUUUUUGAAAUUUCAAAUGAUGCUUAUUUCAUGGGUCAUCUGUUGCUAAAAUAAAAAGAAGCAAACCCAACAGCUGUCUUGAGUAAUGCUUCUAUCUCGCACCAAAACAGGCUGACCUUUCUAUUUUUAGUCUUUCUUAAUUUGGAAUGGGGUAUUAUCGUCACAGAACAUGCAUUUGAAAACACCUCUGUUCACACAGUGGAAUAAUUGAAAGGCAGAGUUAAUCGAUUUCCAUAAUUAGCCAAAAAAUUAGAAAAAAUAUAAAAGCUCUCUUUUACGUAGGUAUCUUUGAGGGCAGGUGGUUUCCGAGAGAUGUAUUUUAUCAUAUCUAAAUUCGGUAAGUUGAAAUACAAUAAAUAUUACGAGCAUUAGCUACACUGGGAUAUUUUCUGUAGAUUUACUUGAAUACACAAUGCCUAUGAGGCCAUUUUGCAGUCAUUGUUCCAGUAAUGUAUACUGCUGCAGUGUACAACCACAAAACUUCAAGCUUUUACAAUUUAAGUGUUUUGGUAAGCAUAUGGCUAUGUAUUUUCUGUUGCCAAUAUCACAACUGCUUUUUGCAUUACUGGGUAAUUCAUGCCUUUCAAGGAUUUAUAAAUAUUGUCAUAUUUAAAAUGUGUGGUUUUGGAGAAAUUGUUGAAUUUUCCCCCAACUCUUUGUCUUCAGGGUCAAUUCUUUCCCUUUCCAAAAAAGUGAUUUGUAGUAAUGGCUGUGUUGGCUUCAAUUUUGGGGUGUGGUAACAACGAUUUAACUAUCUGGUCAUACUGAAGCCAACACAGAACUUGCUGCUGUGUGUUUCUUCAAUGAUAAAUAAACAACUUAAGGAAUUA